CACAAACACGCAGAGAGAGGGGAGGAGCAGCUAAAAACGAAAGUGUUCAGUGGAGUCAGACUCCAUUGUAACUGAGCAGAACCGGAGGAAAACAGGAAAGUGACACAGUGUUGGCGCUUCACCUCUCAGACCAGAGAAGAUGAGUGAUUUGGAGGAAGACGAGGACAGAGCAGAGUCUCCAGUGUUCAGCUGUGUGUCUAUGAAGAGUGACUGGUCCAAAGAUAUUCCUCCAAACUUCAGUAUUGAACCUGGACCCUCACACUCUGAACAAAGAUCAGAGUCUCCAGUGUUCAGCUGUGUGUCUAUGAAGAGUGACUGGUCCAAAAAUGAUCCUCCAAACUUCUCGAUUGAACCUGGACCCUCACACUCUGAACAAAGAUCAGAGUCUCCAGUGUUCAGCUGUGUGUCUAUGAAGAGUGACUGGUCCAAAGAUGAUCCUCCAAACUUCAGUACUGAACCUGGACCCUCACAGUCUGAAGAGGAGAGGAGUCAUGUUUCUGUGGAGAAGCUGUCGUCCUGCUGUGCUUCUUGUCAGGACGUCCUGAAGGAUCCAUUCUCUACCAGCUGUGGACACUGGCUCUGCAGACGCUGCAUCACCUCAUCCUGGGAUCAGUCGUCUUCACCAGGAGAGACCACCUGUCCCCAGUGUGGACAAAGAUCCAGAAUCCCAGGACCUGGAGCUCAGACAGCAGCAGAUAGUGGUCUGCAGCAUGUUCUACAUGAACAUAAGAUCAGUCUGAGGAGGAGAUUUGAACGUGUGACUGAAGGAAGUGAUGAAAGAGGAAGUGAAACCCUCCUCAACACGAUCUUCACUGAGCUCUACAUUACAGAGGGACAGAGUGAAGAGGUCAAUACCCAACAUGAGGUGAGGCAACUUGAGACAACUUUCAAGAAGAAGUCCCUCCAUGAAACUUCCAUCAAGUCCCACGACAUCUUUAAAGCCGAACCCGACCAGCAGAGACGCAUUAGAGUCGUCCUGAUGAACGGCGUCGCUGGUGUUGGAAAAACCUUCUCAGUGCAGAAGUUCACUCUGGACUGGGCGGAGGGUUUGGAAAACCAAGACGUCAGUCUGCUGAUUCUGCUUUCAUUCAGGGAGCUGAACCUGAUCAAAGACGAACAAUACAGUCUUCUUGCGCUGCUCCAUGUUUUCCAUCCAACAUUACAGAAGGUCACAGCGGAGAAGCUCGCUGUCUGUAAACUGUUGUUCAUCUUUGACGGCCUGGAUGAAAGCAGACUUUCUCUGGAUUUCAACCACAGGAAGGUUGUGUCUGAUGUCACACAGAGGUCAUCAGUCAAUGUGCUGCUGACGAACCUCAUGCAGGGGAAUUUGCUUCCCUCCGCUCUCGUCUGGAUUACUUCCAGACCUGCGGCGGCCAAUCAGAUCCCUCCUACUUGUGUUGACAGGGUAACAGAAGUACGAGUCCAGAAGGAGGAGUACUUCAGGAAAAGGUUCAGUGAUGAAGAGCUUUCCAGCAGAAUCAUCUCACACAUGAAGACGUCCAGGAGCCUCCACAUCAUGUGUCUAAUCCCAGUCUUCUGCUGGAUCACUGCUACAGUUCUGGAGCACAUGUUGACCACAGACCAGAGAGAAGAGCUGCCCAAGACCCUGACUGACCUGUACUCACACAUCCUGCUGGUUCAGACAAAGAGGAAGAAAAACAAGUAUCAUAAGAGAUGUGAGACAAGUCCACAGGAGCUGACGGAGGAUGACAGGGGAGAUCUCCUGAAGCUGGGGAGGCUGGCAUUUGAACAUCUGGAGACAGGACACAUCAUGUUCUACCAAGAAGACCUGGAGCGCUGUGGUCUUGAUGCCACAGAGGCCUUGGUGUACUCAGGAGUUUGUACUGAGAUCUUCAGAAAAGAGUGUGUGAUCUUCCAGAAAACCGUCUACUGCUUUGUUCAUCUGAGCGUUCAGGAGUUUCUGGCUGCAGUUUACAUGUUCCACUGUUACAACAACAGAAACAAAAAAGUAGUCAACGAUUUACUGGGGAAAAAUUGGAACAACACACAACAUGACCCUUCUCUGGAAGUCUUUCUGAAGACAACCAUGGAGAAAUCCCUUGAAAGUCAAAAUGGCCACCUGGAUCUGUUUGUCCGCUUCCUUCACGGCCUCUGUCUGGAGUCCAACCAAAGACUCUUAAGAGGCCUGCUGGGUCAGACAGAGAACGAUCCAGAAAUCAUUCAGAGAGUCAUCGACAACCUGAAGGAGAUGAACACUUAUUAUAAAAUCUCCCCUGACAGAAGCAUCAACAUCUUCCACUGUCUGAUGGAGAUGAACGACCUCUCAAUACACCAGGAGAUCCACGACUUCCUGAAGUCAGAGAAUAGAUCAGAGAAGAAACUCUCUGAGAUCCACUGCUCUGCUCUGGCCUACAUGCUACAGAUGUCAGAGGAUGUUCUGGAUGAGUUGGACCUGAACAAGUACAACACAUCAUGGGAGGGACGGCAGAGACUGAUCCCAGCUGUCAGGAACUGCAGAAAGGCUCGAUUUAUUGGCUGUCGACUCUCAGAGACUCACUGUGAAGUAGUGGCCUCAGCUCUGAAGUCCAACCCCUCCCACCUGACAGAAUUGGAGCUGACUGAAAACGACCUGCAGGAUUCAGGAGUGAAGGUUUUGUCUGCUGGACUGGAGAGUCAACAUUGUAGACUGGAGACUCUGAGGUUGAGUCUCUGCAGUUUGUCAGAGAUCAGCUGCUCUUCUCUGGCCUCAGUUCUUAAGUCCAACCCCUCCCACCUGAGAGAACUGGACCUGAGUGACAACACGCUGCAGGAUUCAGGAGUGAAGGAGCUGUCUGGUUUUCUGGAGAUUCCACACUGUAGACUGGAGACUCUGAGGUUAGAGAACUGCAGUUUGUCAGAGAUCAGCUGUUCUUCUCUGGCCUCAGCUCUGAAGUCCAACCCCUCCCACCUGAGAGAACUGGAGCUGAGCCACAACGAGCUGCAGGAUUCAGGAGUGAAGGAGCUGUGUGUUUUUUUGGAGAGUCCACACUGUAGACUGGAGACUGUGAGGUUGAGUCUCUGCAGGUUGUCAGAGAUCAGCUGUUCUUCUCUGGCCUCUGCUCUGAAGUCCAACCCCUCCCACUUCAGAGAACUGGAGCUGAACAACAACAAGCUGCAGGAUUCAGGAGUGAAGGAGCUGUGUGGUUUUCUGGAGAGUCCACACUGUCGACUGGAGACUCUGAGGUUGAGUCUCUGUAGUUUGUCAGAGAUCAGCUGUUCUUCUCUGGCCUCAGCUCUUAAGUCCAACCCCUCCUACCUGAGAGAACUGGAGCUGAGCAUCAACAAGCUGCAGGAUUCAGGAGUGAAGGAGCUGUGUGGUUUUCUGGAGAGUCCACACUGUAGACUGGAGACUCUGAGGUUGGAAAACUGCAGGUUGUCAGAGAUCAGCUGUUCUUCUCUGGCCUCAGCUCUGAAGUCCAACCCCUCCCACCUGAGAGAACUGGAGCUGAGCUGCAACAAGCUGCAGGAUUCAGGAGUGAAAGAGCUGUGUGGUUUUCUGGAGAGUCCACACUGUCGACUGGAGAAUCUGAGGUUGAGUGACUGCUGGUUGUCAGAGAUCAGCUGUUCUUCUCUGGCCUCAGCUCUGAAGUCCAACCCCUCUCACCUGAGAGAACUGGAGCUGAGUGACAACGAGCUGCAGGAUUCAGACCUUGAGAAGCUGCAGUAUCUUGUCCAGACAGUCAUGGCUGAAGACUGAGUUCAGCUCCACCAUCCUCCCUGCGUCUUCCUGUGGAUGCGACAGAGCAUCUUAAUAAAUAAUAAUAAUAAUAAUAAUACAUUUUAUUUGUCUGCCCCUGUUAAGACACCCAAGGACACCUUACAAAACAUUAAUAAAAGACAAAUUUAUCAGUAGUAAAAUCAAGGACUCAAUGAUAACAUUUAAGUCAAUAAAAUCAGGGGGGCUUUGAAGGUUAGCAGUAAAACUUUGUAAUUUAUCCUUUGGGCUACAGGAAGCCAGUGGAGGUGAGUGAGGAGGGGUGUGAUAUGGUCCCUUGAUCUGGUGUGGGUGAUGAUCCGAGCUGCAGAGUUCUGAAUGGAUUGGAGGCAAUGGAGAAGUCAAUUUGUGGUGCCAGUGAGGAGGGCGUUUUAGUAGUCUAUGUGGGGAACAGGACGUGAAUAAGGACUUGUGUAUUGUGUCGGGAGAGGGCGGGGUGGUGUCUGGAGAUGUGGAUGAGAUGAUAGAGAUGAGGUGAAAGUAUACAGUGCGUGUGAUAUUGCUGAUGUGGGGGCCAAAGGAAAGUGUACUGUCCAGAAUGACGGCGAGACUUUUGACAGGAGGUGGGAAUCAGAUCAACUGUUAUGGUGAACUGGUGGGUUUUGGGCUUUUAUUUCCAUUGAGUUUGAAAAGAGUGAUUGACAUCCAGUUGCUGAUAGCUUGUAGACAGGAGGUGAGGGCAGAGGGGGAAAGAGAAGACUUUGGUUUUGUGGAGGGGUAGAAUUGUGUAUCAUCUUCAUAUUAUGGCUAGGUUCCUGUUCUUUUUUCAGUGUGUGGUACGAUGGGCAUAAGUUGGAAAUUCCCCGCGUGCAUGGGUGUACUUAUUUUUCUGUAUAUUUUGUGUCUUUGUUUAUGGGUGUGUGUCUAUAUAUAGAUAUGCCAUCCCUCUACGGAGGUAUAGGUGUGUUUGUGUGUGUAUAUGCACGUGUAUACCUGCAUGCAUGUUUCUACUUGGUUUUUUGUUGUUGUUGUAGUUUUUCCUAUUUUUUUAUCAUUAUUAUUAUAUUUUUUUAAUCUUUUAUUAUAAUAAUUUUUUAUCUUUUUCUUUUCAUUUGCCUUUUUUGAAACUUAUUUAUUAUAGUUUUUACUAUAUUUAUUUACUUUAAAAAUGUUUCUCCUCUUGAUCUGAGUGUAAGGGUUGAGUGGGGAUUAAUAAUAUAUAUAUAUAUAUAUAUAUAUAUAUAUAUUAAAAAAGUGUUGUGUAUCAUCGGCCUAACUGUGUAAGUUGAUCCCAAAAUGACGGAGAAUGUUGCCAAGAUGUUGAAUGUAGACAGUAAAAAGCAUUGGUGAAAAUAUUGUGAAAUAUUCCUGGGGGCACCAGGAAUUACUGUGACUUGUGGCCAGAUUUCUUUUGUUUUGUUUCCGCAGUGGUUGAGGCAGACUUUUGACCGUUUAACUCGGUCCAUGUUUCACUUUGUGGCUCGGACAUUAGCAUCACGGGUGUGACGCUAAUGCACAAGGGUGGGGGAAAGGGGACAGACUACCCAGGACCCAAGGGUGUUAACAUAAAUUAAAAAAUGGGCUGAAUACAUUGUCACAUUGUGACUGAACUAUGUAUUUCAAAAAAUAGUGGAGGGAGGUUCUCUGAGGUCCCUCUUACCCCUUACAAAAGGCGCAAAAUUUGGUUUAGUCUGCCCAUCACGACUCAGCAUUCGAAGUGACAUUUGUAAUGUCUUCCCUCAAGAAAGCAAGGUCUGGGUCCCAGAAGAGAAAAGAGAAAGGAAAGAGAGGAAAAACAAAACAAGGGAAAACAACUCUUAAUUCAUCAACUUUCUGGACGCCUCUGUGAUCAUGAUUAUGUAAUUUGAUCACAUUGACAUUCAUUAACUUCUUUGACCAAAUUACACACAUUCAGGCUCUUACACAUUAUCUAAUGAAUUAAUUUGAAUUAAUAAUAGUUUUCUAUUAUUAUUAUUAUUAUUAUUAUUUACAAUCCAGCUCAUUUCCCUCAUGUGUUUAAGAGUUUUUUCACUGGCUUAUCACUCCCUGUCUUGCUUGGGAGUAAUUUUACACAUUCUAACCUUACUACAUACACUCAACAUGCACUUUAUUAGAAACACUUUUACACCUGCCUAUUCAUGCAGUCUACCAAUCAUCAAUCACAUGGCAGCAGUGCCUGCACAAAACCCUGCAGAUAUAGGUCAGGAACUUCGAUUAUCCGACAAAUGUGGUGGGCAGAAAAGCCUCUCAGAGUGACAUUGUUAAUUGGACAUUAUUAGAUUGUUAAAAGUGAUGCAUGGAUAUGUAGUUUUACUGUUGUAACCCUAAUUGAGUAACCCUAAGUUGCAGCUAAUUAACCUUGUAAAACAACUGUAGAUUGUUUUUUAGGAAUGUUUGCUACAGCAACACACAAACACACACACACACACACACACACACAAACACAAAGGUUAUAUCACGCACUUUCCUGAUGUGGACAGCAGAUGGCGACAGAGACCAGAUGACAUGAUUUCAAUUCGAUAUGCAUUGAGAGGCCGGGGGCACCACACUACUUUAGUCUAACAUUUUAAAUUCAACAGGAUUUCACUGUUAUGUUGAAGCAAGUAUUCAUUUAAAAUUUUCAUUCAUUUUCAGUGGAUAAUGUCAGCUGUAAGCACAAGAAACGACAAUAACAGAGUUGUGCAUAUAGGUUACAAUUCAACGAAAAGGGGCAACCACUGCAAGAGUCAAAAAUUCGAUUUAUUUAAUCCUCAAUCAGCAACAAGCCUCCAGUUGAUACACAACCGAGGGUCUGGACACUUAAAGAUUGUGCGCUUUAUUUUUAGACACUGGUCUCUUGAGAAAUGGUCCACAGCUAACCCCUAGGUGCAGCAGUGGCAGCUCUGUGCCGUGCAUUUUAAACAGGGAGGGGCGGGGUGGUGGAGGGGAAAGGGAACAACAGAGCAAGGGAAAAGAAGUUUGUCAGAGUUCAUUAAGUAUCAAGGGAACAUCGCUGGAACUGGCAGCGUAAGCCGCGCCGGGGCCCUAGUGCCAUUAAUCACG